UUUCAGAUUUUACGUUCGUUUUUCAUUCAUUCGAGUCUCUCGAAAUAACGCGUGUUUGUUCUUAAAGUGACAGCGCGUUACACACAGGCUCAGAAGACGCUCAGACCGCAGGAAACCUGGUUACAUGCAUUGAAAGAAUUACAGAGACAUGUCCAAAGAAUCAGAGAUGGGAAGCAAUUCGCAUCACAACCAGGAAGCCGCUCUGGAGCCUGCAGACUCUACGCUCUGGUUUCGCAGCUACUUGCAUGGAGGGACGUCGAGCCUCAUCUCCACGCUGACCACCGUCAUUACCUUCCCUCUGUACAAGACCGUCUUCCGCCAGCAGCUGGACAGCACUUUAGUGCGAGAGGCGGUGGCCCAGUUGCUCAGGGAGGGUCCGGUAAAACUGUACCGCGGUGUGGCACCACCCUUACUGAUGAGGUCCCUGAACGGGACGUUCCUGUUCGGCUUCCAGGACACCUUCCUGCAGCAGCUUUCACUCUGGGACACAUCUCCUGUUCCCAGGAGUGCCCUCCCUGCUCUGGCAGGUUUGGGGGCAGGUGUACUGGAGGCCGUGCUCUUUACCCCAUUUGAGCGCGUGCAGAACGUCCUGCAGAACAGUAAGAAUGACACUAGCCUUCCUACAUUAAGAAGCAUAUUGCGCAAACUAGCCUCAAAACCGUUGGCAUCAGGGUACUACACUGCCUUUCUGCCUAUACUCGUCCGUAAUGCCUUAGGGAGCAGCCUGUAUUUUGGGCUGAAGGACCCCAUGUCUGAGACUCUCAGGGCUUGUGGCUGUUCUCCUUUAGCGUCCUCCUUUAUUGCUGGUGUGUUGAACUCAAUGGUGAUCAGUCUGCCGCUGUACCCUCUCUCUGUGCUGGUGGCUAACAUGCAGGCCCAGGUGGAUGGAGGAGGCGGAGGGGUUAAGAGCAGCUGGCAGAGGCUUUGGGCAGCCCGUCAGCACAAGCUGGUUCUUCUGUACCGUGGAGGAUCACUGGUGAUCUUCCGCUCCUGCAUCACCUGGGGAAUCACCACUGCCAUAUACGACCAGCUGAAGAGGCACUCCAGAACCUCAGGUUAACAGGCAAUGCUGUUGCUUGAUACAGUUUCGCAGGGAUGUCAUUUAAAGUAUCGCCAACCUGCUGAUGUAUUCACUGGUCCAAUAAUGAUGCACGAGUUGACAUGUAUACUGUAUAGCCAAUGUUAAGGAAUGAAACUGUACAGUUGUUCAGUUAUAUUAAAAUGUGAAACAAUCCACAUGCAAUUAAGGGAAAAUGCCUGCUUUGCUUCUUAGUCCACUACAAAUACCGUUUGUC